AGACAUAUCUGUUCUAGUCUCUCAGCCGACAGGACAAAGUCUUUGCAGCCGCUCUUUGAAGAUGGGGAUUAUUGACGAUGUUAAGGACACACUGUCAAAGGCAGUGUUUAAUCCAUCAAGCUUGAUGACCGGGCGCGGUGGGCUCCAUAUGGCUCAGAUCAUCCUGUGUCUGGUCACCUUUGUCCUGGGAAUGUUCAGAGGAGGGAGCACUCAUACCUACUGGAACUACGCCAUGUUCACCUGGGCCUUCUGCCCCAUCAUGACUCUCGUCAUCACUGUCAUUGAGAUGUUUGGACUCGAUAAGAUCCUUGAUUUGUUCUGCAUGGACUGGGGGGAUUUCACCACAGGUAUGGCCAUGUCUUCCUCCCUCAUGACCAUCUCUGUUGCCAUAACAUAUGCCAACUUCUAUGCCUGCCUGAAAUGCCUGUAUGGCUGGAUUGUGAGUGUGUUUGCCUUCCUGUGCGGCGUUCUCUACAUACUUGAGGUGGUAAAGGACAAGUUUAUGGAUAAGAAAAAAGGAAGCUACCUGGCUGCAUUACCUGGGUUCUGGAAAGUUCUGGAGGCCUUUGUGAGCUGCAUGAUUUUUGUAUCACUCACAGGUUACAGAGACAAAACAGCUCUGAUACUUUGUGUCAUUGCGUACAUCAUUCCUUUUCCCAUCCUCCCUCUGAUCAUAGCCACCAACAUCUUAAAAAAACUCAAGAAAUGUUUACCCUUUAACCUGGACAGGUUUACCUUUAUAUUCCUUGUGAUCUCAGUUGUGCUGUACAUAUUUACUGCUAUCAUGUGGCCCAUUUUUACUUUCAGAAACAAUCCACGUCCCAAUGAUUGUCCCCCUAGCUUUUGUAUUUGGGCUAUUCAGUUCAUGGUUACAUUUUUUACCUAUGUCAAUCUCAUCCUUUUUACAGUGGACCUAAUUUUUACACUGCUUGGCAUCUGUGGCUUUAAGAGAACAUAAAUGUUCCAAAGGCUUUUGUCUGUUUGCCUUAAAUUGUAUUACAUUUUUUGUUCAAGAUACAAUAUAUUUAAACAUGUAAA